GUUUGGAUUGCUAGCAACAUUUUACAUAAACUCUUAUCUGCAAAAUGCACACCUCUCACCGAUUUUAAUUUAUUUGUAUACAUGUUAUCGCCCUUGAAGGCUGUUAGGUCGCAGUACAUAAUCAAACGAUAACGGACCUCCAGCUCUCUUGUGGUUAGCAAUCUUUUGAAGAAGAUUAACAGGGGCUUGCUGCCUCCUACACAGAUUCGUUCGUCUCCUUCUUUCGGGAUGUUCUCAAAAAAGCCUCAUGGGGACGUCAAAAAAUCAACACCGAAAGUGUUGGAUCCCAAAAAAGAUGUACUGACCCGCCUAAAACACCUGCGGAUCGUUAUAGAAAAUGCAGAGUCGGGGGACCUGAAGUAUUUCUUUGACCAGUACUACUCUCACAUCUACUAUGUGUUCUUUGAGAACUUUGUUAUCAUUGAAGUCAGUCUCAAACAAAAAGGUCACAAAUCACAAAGGGAAGAACUUGACUCCAUUCUUUUCAUAUUCGAGAAAAUUCUGCAACUCCUACCAGAGCGAAUACAAGGACGUUGGCAGUUCCACAGCAUAGGCCUCAUUCUGAAGAAGUUAUUGCACACUGGGAACUCUUUAAAGAUCCGAAGGGAGGGUGUACGUCUGUUCCUGCUAUGGAUGCAGGCCUUGCAGGGCAACGCACUGAGAGAGCAGCUAUUGAUUUUUGCCUGUCUGAUCCCUGGCUUUCCAUCUCCCCAGUCAGAGCUGGGCCCUCGAACCCUGGACAACCUGGUCAACCCCCCUCUCAGCCUCCAGGAGACUCAAGUGACUCCAGAAGAGAUCAGUCCCCUGGUCCCUCCUCAGGCAGGGGAUAAAGCCCAGGAAGACCUCACAGGAUACUUUCUAGAGGCUCUUCUGAAAUACAUGGUAAACCAGGCCAAAAGUCUGGAGUGGAAGUGUAAAGACAACCACGAGAAGGGCUUUGCAUUCCUGUUUGUAAACUUCAAGAAAUAUUACCUGCCGCACAUAUUCCCCAACUUCUCCAAGGAGACCAGUUUGUACCAUCCCAUACUGGAGGUUCCUUCGAUGAGACCAAAGCCUUACUACAGUGUGGUGAAGAGAGACCCAGAGACCAACGACACAGUGUACUGUACCAAGGAGAGCCUCCUCAAUGCCCGGGUUAUCUUCAUCCGCUGGCUGGUGUCCUUCUGGUUGGAGCCACGCUCCAACACUGGAACACACAUCCCCGGGGUGGACGGAGAGAGGGAGAGCAUUCCAAAGAACAUCCAGAGGGCAGCAGCAGGGCUGGCAGCGCGGGGACAUGGCCUGGGGGAGGACCUGGGCCCCAGGGCAGACAGCCUGGACAGAGCGAUUGGGUGUGAGCAGGAGCAGUCCCACUCCAACACCUCCACCCUGACGGAGAGGGAGCCCAGCUCCUCCAGCCUGUGUAGUAUGGACGAGGAGCACCUCACUGACAAGGAGGUGGUGAGACGAGUCCUCUGUUCUUCCAGGACUAACGUCAACUUCAUCACCGAGGUCUUCAGACAGGCCUUCCUGUUGCCGAUGUGUGAGGCUGCAGCCAUGAGGAAGGUGGUACGGCUGUACCAGGAAUGGUUCGCCCAGGAGGACAAGCCUGUGUUUAUGAGGGAGCCGGAGGAAGAGAGGUUCUUUACCACGGCUGGAGGGAUCAACCUAGAGCCUGUACCCCAGCAGGACACUGAGAAGGAGAAGGAGGGGGUGAAUAAAGUGUCUGAGAAAGAGCUGCUGGAGUACAGUGUGCAUGCCGGUGUUCAGCCCACUCUACAGGUGUUUGUCACCAACUCUGCCAACGUUUUUCUGCUGGAGCCAGCCAACGAGCUCAAGGUGUUGCUGGAGGAACAUAUUGACAUGUGCAAGAGAGUCCUCAACAUCUACCGCAGCCUGGUCAUGCAUGAAACCAUGGACCAGAAGACAUGGGAGCAGAUCUUGCUGGUGCUGUUGAGGGUGACUGAGUGUGUGAUGAGGAGACCUCCCUCCAUCAUGCCCCAUGGCAAGAAGAACAUCACCCUCUCUGGGAGGCUGGCCGGGGCCAUCUUUCAGACCUUGAUAGUGGCCUGGAUCAAAGGGAACCUGAACGUGUACAUCUCCAGGGAGCUGUGGGACGACCUGCUGGACGUGCUGUCCUCGCUCACCUGCUGGGAGGAGUUGGUCACAGAGUGGUCCCUCACCAUGGAGACGCUCACCAAAGUUCUGGCCCGCAACCUGUACAGUCUGGACCUCAACGAGCUGCCCCUGGACAAGCUGAGUGAACAGAAACAGAAGAAACACAAGGGAAAAGGGGCUGCUCACGAGGGCCAGAAGAUGGCUGUGGACCAUUCGUUCUCUAAGGGCUGGAGCAGGGACCAGCCUGGGAGCGGUCAAGCAGCAGCCAUGAGGCAGCGCAGUGCCACCACCGCUGGCUCCCCGGGCAUGGAGAAGGCCAGGAACAUCAUACGCCAGAAGACUGUGGAUAUGGAGGACCCCCCCAUGGCCAUGGCCUCUCUGGCACCCAGGAUCCGCCACUGCUCCCAGAGCGAAAAUACCCCGGCCUCUGACGUGUUCUCAGCAUCCAGUGACCUGGAACCCCAGGGACCUCCGCUCCCCCGCAGCAGCAGCGCUUCUGACAUCAUGGAGCCCUUCAUCGCUGAGAGGGUCAAAGGCAACAAAGAGGACCCUUGUCAGACGAUGCGUGCUGUGUCCAGUGAUAACGGCAACCAAAACUUUGGAGACCUGAUGGACGAAUUUAUCCAAGAGCGUCUGCGAGCGAGAGGCACCUCUGGCAUGACGAGGCGUGGCAGUAUCCCCGGUAGUCUGGAGAUCCCCAAAGACCUGCCGGAGCUCCUGGACCGUCAGAACGUCACACAACCCAUGGACGACCCUGGUGUGCCCUCUGAGUGGACCUCCCCCGCCAGCAGCAGCGACGUCAUCAGCUCCGACAGCCAAUCAGACUCCUUCAACGCCUUCCAGUACGCCAACUGCAAGUUGGAAAAUUUCAGCUUUGGUCCGGAUGGCUGUGGUGCGGGGUCUUUGGACCAGGAUAACGCUAGCCUUGGAGGGGUUCCCCAGACUGCAGAGGAACAGGAGCUGUCCAGCCUCACGACCCUGCACAUAGAUUCAGAGACCAGCAGUCUGAGCCAUCACGGCCUGUCUGCAGACGCCAUCACCAUCACAGGUUCAGAGAGUGCGUCCCCGAUGCAUUCCCUGGGUGGUUCCUGCUCACAGAGCCCGUCUCCAGCCACCCUGACCGCUGAACACAUAGGGAUGCAGCACGAGGACCUGCAGCUGGAUGAGAAACUACAUCACUCUGUACUACACACUCCUGAUGACCUGGAAACCAGUGAGUUUCCUACAGAGGACUGCAGUGUGAUGGCCGGUGGCUCCCUGACCGGUUGGCACGCUGAUGUUGCCACGGUGAUGUGGCGGAGGAUGCUAGGCAUUCUGGGUGAUGUGAACACCAUUAAGGACCCAGAGAUCCACGCGCAGGUCUUUGACUACCUUUGUGAGCUGUGGCAGAACCUGGCCAAGAUCAGAGAUAAUCUUGGCAUCUCUCUGGACAACCAGUCAUCUCCUCCUCCCCCGGUCCUCAUCCCUCCCCUCCGGAUCCUCACCCCCUGGCUCUUCAAAGCGACCAUGCUGACAGAGAGGUACAAACAGGGGAAGCUACACGCCUACAAGCUCAUCUGUAAGAUCAUGAAGAGGAGGCAGGACGUUUCGCCCAACUCAGACUUCCUCACACACUUCUACAACAUCAUGCACUGUGGCCUUAUGCACGUCGACCAGGACAUAGUGAACACUAUCAUUAAGCACUGUUCUCCUCGGUUCUUCUCCAUCGGGCUGCCUGGAGCCACCAUGCUUAUCCUGGAUUUCAUCAUCGCAGCCAGCAGAGUCACAGCCUGCUCCUCCCUCAAUGCCCCACGGGUGGAGGCUCAGAUCCUGCUGGGUUCUCUGGUGUGUUUCCCUAACCUAUACGAGGAGCUGCCUGCCCUACACCCCACCAGCGCUGAUGUGGUCAUGACCAAGUUCAGAGACGUUAAGGAACACAUCAUCAAACACAUCCUGAGUUCAGCCAUAGAUGAGCCUUCAGCCCCAGCCAGGUGUGUGGCCCUGUGCAGUCUGGGUAUCUGGCUGUGUGAGGAGUUGGUCCACGGCACCCAGCACCCUCAGAUCAAAGAAGCCCUCAAUGUCAUCUGUGUCACUCUAAAGUUUCCAAAUAAAACUGUCGCGCUGGUGGCCUCCGACAUUCUGCACUUGCUCAUAAACUAUGUCGAUGACCUUCAGAAAUUCCCCCUCGACACUCCAAAGAAAAUAGUUGAGAUCCUCAUAGCGACUAUCACUCACCUGCUUCCCGCUACAGAAUCCUCGCCUCAUGAACUGGACAAGAGGUUGGUGGUGUCUCUGCUGUUGUGCCUGCUGGACUGGGUGAUGGCUCUGCCUCCUAAAACUCUGCUGCAGCCUGUCCAAACCCUCAGCCCUGACAAGGAGAAGCCAGACAAGUCUGUCCUCAGCUGUAUCUACAAGGUGCUGCAUGGCUGUGUGUAUGGGGCCCAGAACUUCAACAGCCCUAGGUAUUUUCCUAUGAACCUGUCAGACCUGACCAGUCCAGACUACGACCCCUUCCUGCUACUGGAGAGUCUGAAGGAACCAGAGCCCCUCCACUCCCCUGACUCAGAACGCUCCUCCAAACUACAGCCUGUCACUGAGGUGCGGAGCCGUAUCCAGCAUGGUCUGAUCUCCAUCGCGGCCAGGACAGUCAUCACCCACCUGGUCAACCACCUUGGGCACUACCCCAUGUCUGGAGGCCCUGCUACCCUGACCAGCCAGGUGUGUGAGAACAUGGACAACCCCUACAGCGAUAGCCCUGACCUGGCCCCAGAGCUCUUCGAUGGGCCCAACCUACAGUUCUUUGUCCUGAACGGCACCACCCUCCUAUCCUGUCUGCAGGUCCGUGCUGAGGACGGUGUGCCUGGUGGAGGAAUGUCUGCAGGCCUCACCACCACCAGUGCCUGUGUGAGGGUUAUCGUCCGAGACAUCUCCGGAAAACACUCGUGGGAUUCGGCUGUGCUGUACGGGCCACCUCACUGUGGUGUUCCCAAUCAGCCCCUGCACCUCUACAGUAACACACCAACAGAGAGAAGGACUACAGAAGGGGAGAAGGAGAAGAACUGGGUUGGAGACCCUAUAGAGAAGGAAGAAGAGGAGAGGCAAGAGGGGGCAGCACUGGAGGAAGAGGAGGAGGUGGUGGUGCUGGGAGAGGAGGAGCAGGGGGAGGCUGUGGAGGAGGAAGGAGAGGAAGAAGAGGAGGAAGUGGAAGGUGUGUUGGAGCUCAUGGCCCCGCAAGCUAAGCGUGUGUGUCGCGAGGCGGUCCCGUCCUGGAACUCCCUGCGAGAAGAAGAUGUUCUAGAUGAGAUGCUGCAGUACCUGGGUUACUCCAGCCCCGAGUGCCUUCAGCGUGCCGGAGGCCCCCUUAACAUCCCCGCCCCACCCCCUGUCUGCGUGUCGGAGAAGCAGGAGAACGACGUGAUCAACUCCAUCCUGAAGCAGUGUGCAGAGGAGAGGGACUUUGCGGUGCACAGGGGGAAUGGGCUGAACAUGAGGGCCAUGGAGCAAGGGGAGCCAGGGCCUCAGAGGCCCCAGUCAGCCUUCUACUACUGCAGGUUGCUACUCAACAUCCUGGGCAUGAACUCCUGGGAGAAGAGGAGCAACUUCCAUCUCCUGAAGAAGAACGAGAAGCUGCUUAGAGAGCUUAAGAACCUCGACUCCAGACAGUGUCGAGAGACGCACAAAAUAGCCGUGUUUUACGUGGCGGAGGGGCAGGAGGACAAGCACUCUAUCCUGUGUAAUACCAGGGGGAGUCAGGCCUACGAGGACUUUGUCUCUGGGCUGGGCUGGGAGGUGAACUUGACCAGUCACUGUGGCUUUAUGGGAGGUCUUCAGAGGAACAAGAGCACUGGUCUGACCACGCCUUACUUCGCCACCUCCACCGUUGAGGUCAUGUUCCACGUCUCCACACGGAUGCCCCCCGACUCAGACGACUCACUCACGAAAAAGCUAAGGCAUCUUGGGAAUGACGAGGUGCACAUUGUGUGGUCUGAGCACUCGCGGGACUACAGGAGAGGCAUCAUCCCUACGGAGUUUGGAGACGUCCUCAUCAUCAUCUACCCCAUGAAGAACCACAUGUACAGCAUCCAGAUCCUCAAGAAGCCAGAGGUACCGUUUUUCGGGCCCCUGUUCGAUGGAGCCAUAGUGAAUGAGAAGAUCCUUCCCACCAUGGUCCGGGCCACGGCUCUCAACGCCAGCAGGGCUCUUAAAUCCCUCAUCCCCCUUUACCAGAACUUCUACGAGGAGAGAGCGCGUUACCUGGAGACCAUCGUACAGCACCACCUGGAGCUAACCACCUUCGAGGACUAUGCAGCAAGGGUCUUCUGCCCCGCCCCCUACCACCAUCUCCCGUCAGACCCAGGCUCAUGCCUCGAGAGUCAGCAGGGAGAAAGUCCAGCAGCAGCGCUUCUAGACGGGGCCGACCAGUUAGCCUUGCCAAUGUCCCCUCGUACUAGCAAGAGCCGUAUGUCCAUGAAGCUCCGACGCUCCUCCGGCUCGGCCAACAAGACCUGAUCGGACUUUCCCUCCGCUGACCCUCCUCCACGUCACACCCAGCGAGAGUUCACAGCCUUCAGACGAAGAGACUGACUCUCUCUCUCUGUACCGUACAGCUAGGACUGCACUACACUGCAACUACCAGCCUUUACCUGCUAACAGCGAUGCAUUGCAUGUUAUGUACUCCAACUACAUGGACAUGGACACACCUGCCUUGCAUGGUCAGACUCCGCAUCUCCCCUACUGUACAACCCUUCCAAGAUGCAGGAUUAGGCCCUUGAACAGAGCCAGGCCCUUGGGGGCCAGCCUAGGGUCCCCCAGGACUGAGCUUGUGCUAGCAAAGCUCCAACAGAAUUAACAUGUCUCUUGGGCAAGGUUUUCUAACUAUGCUCACCACCACAAACUUUUCACUCCAGAGAAAUGUGGAAAGAGAGCAAAAUAUAAUAUAUUUAGAUAUAGAUAUAUUUAGGAAGCAGCAUCGGUUCCGUUGUGUACAGAAAGCGUAAAGGCAACAUGACAGAUGUGUAUUUUCAAUGUGAUUAGGAUUGUUGAUGGUUGAAAUCACUUGAUAUUUGACUGAGAGGAGGAGCUAGAGUGUUAUCUCUGCUGUGGUUGUAGCUGUUGUUGUCCCUGAGCAGAGUGAUCAAUAUCUAGUAUCCCAUCCCCCUGGCUCUCUGGGCCUCUGACCCACUAGGAAAGUGAUUGUAAGAACUUGAGUUUGUAAGAAAGAACAAAGAAACACAAAGUAAGAAAAAUCUUAUUUUUUAUAUUUGGUCACUGUGUCCACCACGAGACAUUUAUAUAUUUGUACUAUACUCUGUAUAUACAGAAGUGUUGCCACUUUCUUUAUGCUUGGACUGAAGCAAUGUUGGCUAGUGUUUGAUGAUAAGGAGAUAAACGUUUUGAGGUUGAAAUAAGUUUGUCUAUAGAGUUGUAAGAUGGAAAUUGUUUGGUUAAAGUGAAGCAUUUCUUGUUACAUUUUGUUUUGAUUUUCACACUAAACUGUGGAACUGAUUGACUUUCUGAGUAUAAUAUUCACUACUGUUUGCCUUUUUAGGGGUCACAUAACAUUUUUAUUAUGAUUGUAAAUGAGUUUUUCACCUGAUAAAGAAUGUUGCAGAUGA